AUGAGUUCUCCGACCAAAGAAACUGAAGAUCCAUCAUCUAGCAAUGCCGAGAGUGAGGAAUACACAGGCGGAAAUAGCGAUGCGAACACAGAGCAGCGACCGCCCGCCAAGCGGCCUAUGUCUACAGCAGUUAUUGAAAUUUCAGACACUGAAAGCGAUGAUUCCGAUGUCUGCGCUGUUAAUUCUUACCAGGCCUCGGCUGACGAGGUGAAAAGAAUACGAAGAGAUUAUUCAUCUUCAUCAUCAUCGUCCUCAUCAUCAUCAAACUACAGUUCUGAUUCUGACUCGCCAUGGGAAGAUGACUCCGUAGUAAUAGAUGACAAAGCAAUGGGAAGGCCUGUGAUCGCGAAAAUGUUAGUUAGAGCUAAUAGAAUGGAUGACCCUAAAUUCAAUCCUGAACUGAAGUCUCAAGAGAUCAUAAGUAAAAUUAAAUCCCACUGGGAAGAGGAGACCGACCACAGUAGUGACCAAGUGACCUUAACAUGCAAGCCGUUCAGACUCUGUCGGAUUAACGGCUUGUUAGAGAACUCGGAGAUAAUUAAUAAUAUAGUUGACGACAUGAACACAUUAGAUUGGUCUAGGAAGAAGAUGGAUCUGUAUGAGUUCCAUCAGACCUCCGAUUUAGCUAACUUAACGUGGCAGCGUAGUAUAAGAGGUAUUUACGAAUUAUUGAAGACUGAAGUUAUGACUUGGGUAUCACAAGUAACGGGUAUAGAGUUAACAUCAGUGUCAGCGUCAUGUUCAUUGUAUGGUCCCGGAGACCAUCUACUAGUACAUGAUGACAGACUGGGAGACAGGAGGGUAGCCUUCAUCUUGUACCUGGCACCGUGGACCCCACGCUCACCGCCACACAUGCAGAACGGAGCGGAGAGUCAAGAUAAGUGUUGGAGUGGUAAUGGUUGGAAACCACAUAUGGGUGGAGCGUUGGAAUUAGUUGAAGAUGGAAAAGUUGUGUUCCGUGCCUUCCCUGCUAAUAAUACACUAGCAUUCUUCGCGGUUGGCCCAACAUCCUUUCAUCAGGUGGGCGAAGUCCUAUCUAUGGAGCUCCCUCGUCUGUCCAUCAACGGUUGGUUCCACGGUCCCGCACCGGAGUCCGAGGAGCCCCACGCUGAGAUCCCCCAACCACUUACACCGCACAACCAAGUGGUGGUGUUAAAGUCUUGGGUAGAGGCUGGUUACUUGUGUCCCCGAGCUCGAGCCCAGGUUCAAGCACAGAUGGAGCGUGCCAGUGAGGUCUGUCUACAUGAUCUGCUGCUGCCUUCAAGAUGCAAACAACUGUUGGAAGCGUUGGAAAAGAAUGAUAUAGAAUGGGAGCAGUGUGGUCCGGCUCAGCAGAGACGAUAUCAACGAGUGACUGAGAAAUGGCUUUCAGCCAGCGAACUGUCUGAAGGGACUGAAACAGAAGCCGUUCAGGGCGAAGCGCCCGACGACUGUGGCGUACAGGGGGAGACGCAUGUCGUGCGAGCGUUACUAAGACUCCUCAGUAGUACAGCGUUCAUGAGGCUGGUCGCCGACUGUACAGAUCUACCGCUGACUUCGUAUAGGAAACUUGAAAUGCAACGCUGGAAAGCUGGGGACUUUACUCUUCUACCGCCCCGCGAACAUUAUCAGCAGCCUCGUUUAGAAGCAGUUCUUUAUCUUGGUGUGCCAGAACAUCCAAUAUGUGGAGGACAAACGUUAUAUGUGGCUCCUGAAGAGGGGUCGUUAGCGGAGGCCGAGGCGCUCGUGACUUUGCCCCCGAGACACAACGCGCUAGGGCUCGUGUACUGCGACGCGGGCGCAGCCUCAUUCACAAAAUAUCUCAGCAAGAUGACCAUGACGGAGAACGAGUGUUUCUAUAUAGUGACAUGUACUUACACAGAGUGA